CGUUGACCAAUCAGCUGCCAGGCCCAAGGCGCUUCCUGGAUGCGGGAGCUGCAGAAAGUUACAUAGUAGCAGAAGUUUGCAGUUUGGUUCUAAAGGAACGUUCGGCAGCUCAGACUGUAGGAAGUCAUCUGUUGCCAAUCAGUGAUCGGAUCCACUGACUUCAAUUAGAGGGACACAGUGACAGGUGGCACUCAGGCUGGGCUCAAGAGCUUGCAAUCUGACAGCUGGACUCCAUGUGCAGUGUCCUGCAUACAUGGGAUGGCUCCCAGUUUUAUUUUAUUUAGAAUGGAGAACAUGAUGUGAUGUGUGUUUCACUGGCACUGCCCUUGGCAAAGUGUGUGGCAUUAAUCCGUAUUAAUGCUGAGACUCUGAGCUGCAGCUUAACCCAUCACUGGGCUGUGCUGGCUUAUCUUAGAAAGGUCUGGAUUUGAUUUUAUAGACCAUUAGAACCAGACAGUUAGUAGCUAGGAUGAGUGUUUGACAAGUGGGAUUAUUAAGAAGCAGGACAGCUCCAUCAUGUCUUCUCCCAGCCAAAUCCAGAUUAAGGAAGCUAAUGCCCAUCUAGCAGCCCUACACCACAGGGUGGCUGAAUUGGAGGGCACAGUCAGGGAGCAGGCCGAAAGUCUAAUCAGGAAGGAUGAACAGUUCCGGAAUGCAUUGAGGGACCUUGCAGAGACCAAGGACAGGAAGAUCUCUGAACUCCAGCAGAGACUGGCAAAGUCUGAAGAGGCAAUGCGGAGACUGAUGGCUUUCAUUAAGGAAAAAGACCGAGAGCAGGAGCAGCUAAGACACCACAGUCACCUUUUGGCCAGGAUGUGUCGCAGUCGACCUCUUUUAGACACCCUGGUUUCUCUGAUGGUGGAAGCUGAAGGCAUUCCCUGCCUCCCUGCUGUAGAAGAGCAAAAUGGACUCUCAAAUGUUUUAGAUUACCCACAAAGUGAGGAUGACCUUACUGAUUCUGAUGCAGACAAAACACUAUUUGGGACAACUGUCUAAUUUACUAUUUCAAAAACUCUGAUUUUAUUUUUCUACUUUAAAAAUUUCAGGUUUAAUUUUUUUCCUAUUCUUCAAAUUGUAGCACACGCUUAAUAUUUUUAAGAAAUGUCUCUAGAUAUUUAAUACGAUGAAAUACAAAGAAUGUAUUGGGAUUAAUUUGGGGUUCUGUUUUUAUCAAAGUUUAAGUCAAAGCUUUCUUCUUCCUUUAACCAUCUCUUUUUAUUACCUUACCAUUUGCCCUGUAGCAUGAAUUAGUUCGGUUUAUACUUUUAAUUUGGAAGUUCGAUCAAAUCCCAAUAAAUCAUUUUGCUAGUACGCAGUAUGUUGGUUUUAUGAUGACCACACAACGAGUUUUAGAAUUUUCUAUACA